AUGAGGAGAUUGAUUGCCUAUCGUACUAUCGUGAGCGAUAUUGCCGCAAUCGAUCAACCCAUCACAACCAACUUGGGCAUGCCGAGCGGUCUAUCUUGGGUCAUACACGGGGCGCGCAACUCUUAUCCUAUCUUUGGGCGCGGUCGUGCAAUUCCGUUGUUGACAUGCUAUACACGUAUUUGCCACAGCCGAGAGUCUCGACUAGUCUCUUCAGCGGCAGUUGCCGGCGGGAUAUGUAAAUUGGGCCGCCUAUCGGAUCUCACUCUGCGAGACUUCCGACUAGCUACACCGUCGGGCGGUCAAAAGAUCAGACUCUACAGGCACUCUUGGACAGCACUGAUCACGCUCAUCAUUGCGUGUGAUAUGACAUAUUAUCACAACGGCGAAACCCGGACAUUCGACCUUUCCGCGACUUCCGAGUGGGAUGUUUGGAAUGCUUUCCUUCGCAAGAUUAUGUUGGUCAGCGAGUUAGGAGUUCAUCGCUGCGUCAUACCACUACCGUCACCGGCUAAGUGGCUUCCUGGGUUGGUCAUCGAUUCUACCGAUAGGUCCUCCCUUACUGAAAUGUCGUCCACCGCUGGACUCUCUUUGUUGGCGAGCGCUGGCCGCGGGACCAUCUUUGUUCUUCAGGACGCCAAGGACAUUUGCCCCGGUACUCCCCAUCAUCAACAAUUAGAUCAAUCUGGUCAUAUCCUCAAGCUGAUGUUUCUUGUGAAGGUCGGCAUAGUCCAGAUUGUGAAGGUCGGCAAAGUCCAGAUCAUGAAGAUACAAAUGCGACCCAGCUUGCUUGGAUUAACACGCACCGGCGCCCGUACCAACAUUGAGCCAGGCGGUCAAGCCAUCAUCUUGGGAUCAAAGGGUGUAAGUUGCAUGGCCAAGCAGCGCGUCAUUGCCAAGGAAUUUGCACCCAAACCGCCAAUUUCCCGCUUCGUCCCGCAGCGCGACUCGCCGUACGGCGUCUCUCGCCUGAACAAAACUUCCACUGGCCCACCGGCUCUCGUAGCAUCCGGCUGGCACAUCCUGCUAUGCCCAGAUCGUGACUUUUUCUACCUUAUCCCGCUGCCACGGGAUGACUGUUACUCGCUGGCCGCAGAGAAGGAGGACGUCAAGCAGAGCACUGGAAAACUUGAGUUUGCUUAG